AUGAGCUACCUCGACACCGCCAACAGCUCCAAGGAAACGCUGCCGCCACUCGAUGCACCCAACGGUCAUGAAGGGAAUGGCCAGGCGUUGAACUCGACGCCUACUCUGCCCCACGACGCGCCCGCGAAGGCGACCGGCGCGAGUAGCGGCGCUCCAGCACUUGGCAAGCACAGCGACCAGCUGCAGCAUAUACCAGCAGGGGCAGUCGGGCAGAUGGGGAUCCCAGCCGUGCAAGCCAAUGCGACCGGACCGGCAUUGACUUCCGCCAAUCCCCGCUCUAACGCCUCCUCGACGAUCACGACACAAUUAACGCCGACCGCGACCGGGACCUCCACGAUGACGAUGAGCUACCCGCCGUUGACUCGGUCCGAGAGGCUCCUGACCCAACUCCCACCCCCUGACCGAGGUCCGCAAGCCUACAUUUUCUUGGUCUGUGCCUUCUUCGUCGAGGUCGUCGUAUGGGGUAUUCCCAGCGCUUUUGGUGUCUUUCUCGAAUUUUAUACGACGCAUGGGAUUGGCAAGCACAAGGCUCCGGCCAGCCAUACCCUUCUGUGAGUCGUUUCGAAAUUCUCAUUCUCAUUCUCGAACGCGAGUGGCUCACAAGUCGGCUCAUCCCGACGGCGGACCUCGAUGGAUCCUCACAGGCCAUGGGUCGGAACGCUGUGUCAAGGCUUGAUGUCGUUGUUCGGUGAGUGUUGUACUCUCGGGAGCAGGGUUUCGUAGAUUGACUGUAUUUUCGGCAUAUACCCACCAGGCCCACCGCUGGCGUGGAUCCUCAACCCGCGGCCACACUUGCGGAUCCCGUUCAUCUGGGCUGGGAUCGCGAUUCUGUCCGCAUCAUUGUUGGGAAGUUCCUUCUCGUCCAAAGUAAGCUCUACUAUGCCAGGGAAGUUGUCGUGUCCUUUUCAAAGAUGCUCAUCUCACCUCACGACGUUCACCAGACUUGGCACUUGUUGCUGUCGCAAGGAAUCGGCUUCGCUAUCGGUGGAGCGAUGGUCUUCUUUCCCGCGAUGGGGUUCCUCAACGAAUGGUUCGUCAAGCGGAGAGGCAUGGCCGCAGGAGUGACCUACGUCGGCACCGCCUUCGGGGGUGUAUGUUUUCCCUUCUUCAUCGCUGCGUUGCUCGCUCGUUUUGGGGACGCCAUCACGCUGCAAGCCCUGGCGUGUGCGAGCGGUGUCUUACUUGGGGCGUGUAUGCCAUGGCUAAAGCCUCGCCUGCCAAUCCCGGCGAAGCGGGAUCUGCGAUCGGAGCGAGAUCAUGAUACCGAAAAACGACGAGAUGACAUGAAACGCGUGUGGAAGAACAAGGGGUGGUCCAUGUUCAUGAUUUCCAACUGUGGGUCCCUGACUGUCUCAGGAAUGAGAAGAGACUUGCGUGCUGGCUCUGACACCGCUUGAAUCCCGCUUGACCAGUCAUGCAAGCCCUCGCCUUCACCAUCACGACCCUAUUCCUUCCGUCGUACGCCGCCUCGAUCGGCCUCUCACCCUCGGUCGGAUCCGCUUCCCUCGCGGCCCUCAACGCCGCGUCAAUCUUCUCUCGCAUCGCGGUCGGGGUCCUAUCGGAUAGGAAGCCGCCGCAUCUCAUCGCAAGUGUCAUCAUGGCCGUAUCGGCUGUAUCAGUCUUCCUCCUCUGGGGAUUGGCGAGCACGUCCUUGGCGCCAUUAUUGAUUUUCUCGCUCGUGUUUGGGCUGGCGUGUGGUCCUUGGACGUGUUUGUACGUGGCCAUGAUCAAGGAGGUUGCAAGUCAGUCAUGUUGCGCCGCAGAUGAAUCACCUUAGAUACGAGUCUUUGACGCUGACCUUUCCAACCCCCCCCCCCCCCCCCCCCCCCCCUUUCGUAGGCGAAGACCUUCCCCUCUCCGUAACCCUCUUCUCCUUCGCGGCCUUCGGUCGAGGUGUCGGCACCAUCAUCACAGCUUUUAUCUCCUCCCUUCUCUUGGCCCGACCUAUGAAAGGUGCGCAAGCAUGGACCGCGUUUGGUGUUGCCGAUGGCAAGUUCGGCAGCGUUGUCAUGUUCACAGGGGCAAUUUUGGUCGUCGCGGCCGCGACGGAGGGCAUCGCUUUACUUUAG